AUGAAGCAAUCCCUCCCUCAGUUCGCCCUUCUCCUCAUGGCCCUGCUGUUUCCAGGAUCAGCAAGAGCCAGCUAUGUUAACCAGCAAGGUACCAAGGGUCCCAGAGAACCCAGGGAAGAGUCCCCUCAACGAGGAACAAGCAGGGCUCACAUGUUCCGCCUGCUAGUAGAAGACUACCUCUUACCACGCACUCCCCCUUACGAGGAUCCUGAACCAGAUUUCAAAAUUGUCAACUGCAAGAGAAGCGAAGGCUACUGUCAAGAAUAUUGUAAUUAUAUGGAAGUACAAGUAGGCUACUGCUCUAAGAAAAAGGAUGCCUGCUGUUUACAUCCGAACUGA